AUGAGCCUUGUCUUUGGCGCUACAUCGGCCAUGGCUGACUUUAGCCACCUCACCGACCUUGAUGACAUCUUUACAUUUACGGCCAAUAACCUUCUGCCUAUUGCAACGCACGACGGAGGACCUCGACCAGACACUGACAUCUCAUCGUCUUUCCAGGUAGCUGAAAUUCCUCCUGGAGACUCGGCAUUCCUGCAAAGCCAAGGCUGUUUUGAUAUUCCAUCAGAUGCCGUUCUGUACGAGAUGGUACUUCUAUACUUCCAAUGGGUCCAUCCAAAUCUUCCAGUCGUUAUAGAAGAUCAAUUCUGGGCUCGCUGGGACGGAGAAAGAUUUCAGCUGGGUGAUUUCUCACUGCUACUACUACGAGCAAUGCUGUUCGCGAGCAUGGCGCAGGUCGACUCCAACACACUGCCACGUCUGGGCUUCACCGGUAAGAGAGAAGCUCGGAGUGCUUUCUACCGCCAGGCUAAGCUACUGUUCGACUUUGGUGCUGAAAAGGAUCCUACAGCACUUGCACAGUCCUGCCUACUCCUACGUGUCAACUCGUCCUGGCUUACACACACGAUCAGGUUUGCGAAGAUUGCAAGAGCAAAUUCACAUCAACGCUUCGAGCAGACGGACCCGAACAAAGCAAGACUUCUAAAACGCAUCUGGUGGGGUGUCAUCUUUCGAGAUCGCAUCUUGUCGCUAGGCACGCGCCGCUCACUCCAACUCGACCUCGAAAGUCAUUCAAGUGAGGAAGAUAUUCUUACCGCGGAUGAAAACUUCUCGGAGCUGGGCAAUUCACCGGUACACCACACUGAGGCUCAGUUGCGGAUCGUCCAGUUGCUCAGCGCCAUGUGUCGAGCCAUGCCUUGCAUUGCGAAGGCCACCAAGAUCCUAUACAAUCUCGAAGGCAUUGACGAUCGUGUCGCUUUCAUAACGGAAGCGAAACUAGCAGCCACUAUCCAAUCUGUGCAACAUGCGUUAGAAGCCUUGCAGAUGUGGCACGACGAAACGAUUCCAAUUUUCCCUUUUCCUGUCAGCCUAGAUGGAGAAGAUGCGCCGGAAACAUUGUGUCUUUACGUCAACAUGCUCUUCAUCUACCAUUCCGCCGCGACAUUUGCGCUGAACGUCUACUUGCUGCUGAUCUACGAGUCAUUUCCGGCAUCGAGAUCUCUCUUCGACAUUGAAGACUGUCGAGAGGCCCUCGAGCAUGCGAAUAGUGACGUCUCGAGACGGACUCAGGAGAUGCUACAAAUGCGCGUGAUCAGGUAUCUCCCCAUCAGCGCAACUCCACUCAUCGCUCCACCCCUGAUCCUGAAAGCUAUCAACCUAGAUAUUUUCACACGCGCCCUCAAAUCCCAACAAGAGCGAUUCGAGGGCGCAGACUACUGCAAGAGAGGAGGGUCUUCGCUUGAAACUCCAUCGAUUGGACAACGCAACCGGGUCAAAUUGGACUGGGGCAACUUGAUCUACAAGAGACCGCAACUGUUUUUGAGAUUAAUGCUGCAUCUGGACCAUGCGCUUUGCACUGGUGGGCCGCCGGUGGAGAGGGAUUUCCCUCCAGGCUUGAGGAGACCAGCUGCGUAA